GGUCCGCAGACCCUCGAUGCGUGCUGUGUCCCUGCAACCUCGGCCGCUGGCCUCGCUGCUUGGGGGUAGAGGUCUGUGUGCGGGCUGGAGCCUUAUCCCCUGCUUGGGGGGGAGCAGCUGCCUCUUCUUUCCCCCUAGCGAAGUGCCUGCGUGGCUUGGCCCUGAAUGCGGGGGACUAGCUGCGAGGUAGUGUGCUAUUUAAACAGGAGCGCAGUUAGUGUGGUGCUGCUGCAGCAGUUGCUUUGCUGCUCCUUGCCCUGCCGCUGAGGGACGGGAGCCCCUUAACCAGCUGAGGGAAACCUCGCCUGAGCCCUCCAGGAGGACAGUGCAGGCAUGUGGACUCAUGCCUGAGUAAUGAACAUCCUAGGCUGGGGAAGAGGUGACACACACGGCAGGAGCAUGCCCUGCUGUUGGUUAGCCACAGGGUUUUCCCCCUUGGGCUGGUUGUGGGAGAGGUUGCUGAGUUUCUCUCUCUGGCUAUUCCUCCUAGAGGUACCUGGCAGUAGGUGUGAGAUGAUAGAGCCUGGCUUUCACCAUAGCCUGGCUCCCUGGCGACUGAUGAUGAGUUUGACCCCUUCCAGGGGAUGCCUCCUGGAUCUGCCCUGGGAAGACAUCCUGGUUCCAUAUAUCCUCUGUCAUCUGCCACUGCAGCAGCUCCUGAGCCUGCAGAGGGUCAGCAAGUCAUUCCAGUCUCUCAUCCAGCUGUACCUGGCCAACAUGCGCUGCUUUGACUCAAGCCAGAUUGGGCCUGCCAUCCCUAGAGCUGCUUUUGUUAACCUGCUGAAGGACAACGAAGUCCUGCAUCAGCUGGCGCUCCAGAACUGCUCCGACUGGCUGACAGACAGGGAGCUGCUCCCAGUCAUCGGGCAGAACCACCACCUGCAACAGAUCCAGCUAAAGGGCUGUGCCCAGCUCAGCCGCCAUGCACUGGUGGCCAUCUCCCUGAGCUGCCCCAGCCUGCGCCGGCUCUCCCUGGCUCACUGCGAGUGGGUGGACAGCCUGUCCCUGCGCAGCCUGGCUGACCACUGCAAGGCACUUGAGUCUGUGGACCUGACGGCCUGUCGCCAGCUGAAGGAUGAAGCCAUCUGCUAUCUGGCGCAGAAGUGCGGCAAGCUCAAGUCUCUCUCGCUGGCUGUCAAUGCCAAUGUGGGUGAUGUGGCAGUGGAGGAGGUUGCCAAGUGCUGCCCUGAGCUGGAGCACCUGGACCUCACGGGGUGCUUGCGAGUCAAGAAUGACUCCAUCAGGGUCCUGGCUGAGUACUGUCCCAAGCUGCGCUCACUCAAGGUGAAACACUGCCACAAUGUGGCUGAGUCCAGCCUGAGCAUCCUCCGAGGCCGUGGAGUGGAGCUGGAUGUGGAGCCUCCGUUGCAGAGGGCCCUUGUUCUCCUGCAGGACGUGGUUGGCUUUGCCCCUUUCAUUAACCUCCAGAUCUAGAACUGCUGCUGCUGGGGAAGGGGGGGGGCAGACAUGAUGCUGGGAUCCCAGGAGGAUGCUGGAACCAGUUGCUGCUGAGACAUGCAGGGAGAGAGGUCGGUUGGCAAGGCUGGCUCACUCAUCUCUCUGGGGCUGUUUAGCAGCCACUAGGUGUUCAUAAGUGUGCUCUGAUGGUGUCCCCUGGGAAAGUAACUCCCUCUGCAGUAGCAUGGAGAGAGUGAGUGACUUACAGGAACACCAUGGUGCUGAACAGGCCUUGGCCAGGCCAGCCAGUAGACAGGACUUACUAUUUUUUGUAUUUUAAAACUCUUAAGUGGCAGCUGUCCAGAGAGCAGGAGAGUGUUUGAUGGGAACUGUGGACUACUGUCCCCUAGGGUGGGUAUGCAGGGCAUGCCUGAUGAACUGCUGGGAACAAACCAGGCCAGCUGGAGCAGAAAGGAGAGAAGCUGCCAAUCCUGCUCUUGGAGAGGGCAGGCCCCUCUGAGCUCAGGGAAAGUGGCAGUGUGAGCACAGCUCCAACCUGCAGCAACUGGCUAGCUGGCACCAAAGGGCUGGCAGAGGCCCAGCUCAGGCAACGUGUAUCCAGGCUUAGCUCCUUGCCGAUGGACACUGGUUUAGGCCAGUGCAACGGAGAAGUUGUUCUCUGGUAUUCUGGGGGAAUGGGAUCCUGCUGCAUUUUCACUAGAGGAAACGCACCAAACCUAGCUAUGCUAUCACUGAAAGCAGUUGAUGGUUGCUGCUUGUUUCUUCUAGAUUCUGAUUUACACUUUAGUAGUGUCCAGGCCUACUGAAACUCCAUCUUGCUCCACGUCACAGGGCUGUGGCUUUCGCAUUCAGUAGUGGUGAGAGAAAUGGCAGAGGCCCUGGCUGUAUUUUCAACUGCAGUUUAUGGAGCGCUGCAGGUUGUGUUGGCAGGGGUGGCCUAGCUCUGGUCUAGAAUCCAACCUCUGGCCUUCUAAUCCACUAGGUGGUUAACCAAACAGCAGCCACUUCUUGU